GCUGAGGUCAGCAAACCUACGUCGGCAGCAGCGAUUGGUGGUGGAGUGGGAGGUGCAAUAGUGGUAAUACUUGGGAUUGCCGCCGGCCUAUGGUUCUUUAAAAGACGAAACAACAAAAACACGCAUCGCUCGAGUGAUUCUACGGAACUCAGAGAUAUAUCAAAAGUGCAAUUGCAUGCAAAUGCCCAUGAAAAUGCCAAGUAUGCAGAUUAUGAUGCGAAUGCAAAAGUAUACGCAAACACAGAUAGCGAUUAUUACAGUUACAAUGACGUUGUCCCGGGAAUCAAGAUACAUUUAUUGUGGGACUACAUUCGCGAAAAGACAAAGCCUGGAUCAUCGUUUUUUGAUGAAGAAUUUGCCAAACUACCGGCAGGUUUAAUCCAUAAACACGACUUAGCUGCCGCCGUAGAAAACCGAGGCAAAACCCGCUACCGGGAGAUGUUUGCUUACGACCACUCUAGAGUUCCUUUGGAUAAGGAAAAGCCAAACGACUCCGAAUAUAUAAAUGCCAGCUUCAUUCACGGAUUUGGAAAAGUGACUAAGUUCAUUGCAUCCCAAGGUCCGACGGAGAAAAUGAUCGACGAUUUCUGGCGCAUGAUUUGGCAGCAUCGUGUGGACAAGAUUGCAAUGCUUACAAAUGUUAUUGAAAUGGGAACGUUAAAAUGCCUGCAAUACUGGCCAGAGGAAUUGAAUGGUGUAUGCACGUACGGUGGUGUGGAAAUAAAGUAUGCAGCUUUAGAUGAGACGUUUGACUACAAUAUCAGAUCUUUUGACAUACGUAGGGGGAAGGAAUCACGACGUGUAAAACAGUUGCACUUUAAGACAUGGCCCGACAAGGACGUUCCCGAAACAACCUGGAGUCUGGUCGAUUUCUGGAGAGCCGUUGAUACUAGUGAUGCGGCUAACGUUUCGCCAAUUGUCGUACACUGCAGCGCGGGUGUUGGUCGGACGGGAACAUUUAUCGCCAUUGACAUAUUAAUUUCGCAGGCAAGGAUGGAAGGUUCUAUUCGACCACUUCAAAUGGUCGAGGCGCUGCGUCAGCAAAGGGUCAAUAUGGUUCAAACAAAGGAGCAAUACAAAUAUCUUUACGAAGCCGUGGCUGAAGCCCUACUGAUUGGGACACAUCCUGUUCUUACAAGGCAGUUCGCAAGCGUCGUCGACUAUAUGAUGGGCAAAGAGAGGGAAUCUAGGACUACGAGACUUGAAGAACAAUUUAAUUUAAUUGUCAAAAGUGUCCAAGAGGUACCUGAAUCGGCUGAAGAACAAUCGUCGGGUCCAACAUAUGGGAAUAUGGAGACAGUCUUGUCGGAAAUACACGCAUACCGACCGCAACUGCAAAAGCGAGGUUCGAAGUUCAUCCAGCGACUGGGAGCCAUUUUCCUUCCGACUGUUGGCAAUACGAAUGCACUGCUAGUGUGCAUGUCACCCACCGACCAACACAUGGAAGAGUUCUGGUCCUUAGUCGACGAACAUCAUGUAACCACGGUAAUCAGCCUGGCUUCACCCGGCAGUGCGACAUAUGAGACCUGUCAGUAUUUGGGUGCUCGAGGAAGCGGUCGGGUUGGACAGUUUUCUGUCAAUUACAUUCAUGAAAAGAAAAACAAAGGCAGUGUUGAAAGAACUUUCUCGUUUAGAGAUGAGAAUCACGAGGAUGAGGACUACCUGACCACACUAAAGCAGUUCCAGUUAACCUCCUGGCUGGAGGGACAUGACACACCUUCAGAUAUGCAGUCAUUCCUUGAUCUGAUUGAGGAGUUACUGAAGUGGCAGCCACACCUUUCCGACAAAAGACCAAUUCUGAUCCAUUGCCAAACUGGUUUCAUGCGCUGCGGACCUACCGCGUUGGUCCUGAACGAGAUACAACGCAUCAGAAAAGAAAAUGGGCAAAUUAACAUCGUGGAAUCUUUCAAAACUAUGAAAACCAGGUGUCGUGAUUUGGUUCACAACAAGACACAGUACAGAUUUUGUUAUGAAGCCAUUUUGACCUACAUAACGAACUCGGGAACCUACCAGAACCUGUAAACCAGUCAAUGCAUACUUUUGACAUACUUCAAAAACAUACGCAAUGCCAUAUGUGGAGGAAAAUGAUUAGGAAGUGUGCGUUGUAAAUUGAUUUAACAAACAUUUUCUCAUUACUUAUUGCAUAGAUUAUUAGUGCGUGAAUAAUUUUAAAGUAAUCACGUUGCGCGCACAUAUAUGUAAAAUCGGAAUGUAUGUUAUUUCAA